UUUGUUGUCUAGCCUCGUCUCGGUGUCUAUACCCAGUCCCUCUCGUCCAGAUCGCUCCCCGCAGGUCACGUGAUGGACAGUCCAUUCAAGAUGGCGGCCAACAAGAAACAAGAAGCUCAAGUUGGUCGGAAUUUUAGUACGAUUCUCGAGAACAUAUGCCGAGAAAGACGACGAAAAAAUAUAGACAAAGUCAGCGACGGAGGGUUUGUAGUGUUGGCAAUCGAAUCGUUUUGGACGAGGCUGUUUUCACAGUAUUUUAUCAACAACAACGACGAAAGUAGAGACGACCUGUUGUUCUACGUCAAGGGGAAUACUGGAAGUAAAAGUGAAAGUAGCUCAAGAACGGCUGAGGCCAGAAUUGCAGUCUUCAGAAAAGAUGCUAAAAACCUUCCCAGCUUAGGAGAUCCUGACAUCAACUGGGAAGAAACAGUUUGUCUUAAUCUUGUGUUACAUCAGUUUGAAUAUAUCCUGACAUGUGCAGUCUGUACAAAACCACUAGAGAAAGAAUUAAGAAUACUACGAAGAAUAUCACAGAAAGUUUAUGCAUCUCCAAAUAGAAGAAGGAUGGAUAGCAAGGGCGAAGGAACAGAAAUAUCUUAUCCAAAUAUGUUUUUUAUAAUUGAUAAUUUUGAAGAGGUCUUUAAAGAUUUUUCAAUCAAAGAUAAUGAAAUGGUGUGUGUUGAAUUAGUGGCCCAUGAUAAGACAGAUUCCAUCCAAGGAGUGAUAUUCCUUGGUUCAAUCAGAUUCGAGGCACUGAAGAAAGUCUACGAGGGAAGGGCAAGUGUAGCUACUAAGAUGGCUCAAAAGGUUUCCAUGGGAUGGUGGAAAGGACAGUCAACGGUAGAAUUCAUCAAGAUGAARGGACCAGGGGGAAAAGGGCAUGCUGAGAUGGCAAUAUGUCGACCAAAAGAUGGUGCAUUCCAGGACAGUUCACUGUGUCCAGACUGUGGGGGGAGGGAUAGRGAUACUUUAACCAGUGCUCCAGGUGAUUAUCUGUGUGAAUGUGAAGGUGGUCAUGAAAGUAUAGCUGAAUCUUCCAGUUCUUCAUCCCAAGGAACGAGCAAAAGAAAGAAAGGGUCAUCUCCUUCACCGACACCUACCUCGGCACAAUGGAUGAAAUUUAGGAGAAAAUCUGUCGGAUCAUCAAGUCUGUGUGCAUAUCUUACAUAUGUUACUCUGCCUUGGCAUAAGAUAAUGACAGAUAUUCUCGAAGUAAGACAACAGCCCAUAUUAUCAUGACAAAAGCAAUAUUUGCAAAUAWUACCAGAAUCAUCAUCAUAAAGUGAGAGUUUUAUAAAGAUUUUUCCAAAAUAAUAUUACAAUAUCAAAGUCAUACCUURAAUCGAAUAUCCUAUCAUGUAUCAAAAUACCAAAUAAAAAAGAGCGAUGUGCACUCUUUUGCAAAAGUUACAGCAAUUUUCAAUAUUAUGCGAACUUGACAGCUGCAAAUUGCCUYGUAGGAAUUUGGGUUUUCACUGUUACAAGUCAACAAUGUAAAAGGUACAGACGACAGGGCAGAAAAACGAGUUCUACUUUUGACGUUUAUGCGUUAAUAARCUUUAUAUUUCAUAAGCAGGCUCUUUUGGGGCUGAUUAACAAAAUACCAAAAUUUGGGGUUUGUUAGCAUGAAUGAGAGAUAAAGAAAAAAAUUGUGAAAGUAGCAGCCUUGUCGUUUUUCUGCUCUGUCAGUACAGACAGUUCAUUGAAAAAACAAAUUACAGCAUUCUCCUCACAACUACCAAGUUCCUGUAAUAUUGAAAACUGCUAUAAAACAUCAAAUUUUUGAGGCAAAGAAUCUAUUUUUAUUCUAAGAAGAGAUAACUAGYUAAAAACUAGUGUGAGCUGYGUCAGYGUUUCUAAUGAAACAGUAAUGAUAAAAGGGUAAAUUUUACAYYGUGAAAAGAUGAAAAAAUGAAAAUUCUCAUUCCUUCAUCUUUUCACGGURUAAAAUUUACCAUUUUAUCAUUACUUAUUCUUAUUCUAGAAGAGUUUCUAUUCUGAAACRUAUUUCAGUGAUCUGCAGUGWUUUAAARAGGUUCCACACAAACUAUUAAAAGUAUGAUGAGAAAUAUGAUGUGGAAUAUGGGAGUGAAAAAAUGAAUGCAUAAAUUUUUGAAGAAGGGAUGAAAAGUAAACAGAAUGAUUUAAAUUGUAUAUAAGAAGUAUUGGUAUACCUCGAUGUCAUCAUAUAGAGUUAUUUUAUGAUAAAUCAAGAAGUAACAGAU